AGAUGGACAGCCCAGCCUGUUUCAGUGAAGUGCAGCGGCUGCGUAGCUGAUGUAAGCAGAGAGAUAGGUGCCUUUGAAGAGUGAUUCAGCAGCUCUCGGUGCUGACUAAUCACUAGAUUUAGCCACUAGCAAAUGUAAGCUCCACAGUGAUGUCUGAGCUCCUGCCUUUUAGGGCUGGCAUAAGGCUCUGACUCAGGGUUGUAUCUGCCCACUAAUGAUCUGGUGCCUACAGCCCUCUUCUGAUGCGAGAUGUCUGAGCCCAUCAUGUUUCCUUAGAAGUAGCAAAACCCUCAACAAAAUGUUUCUGCCUUAAUGGUACUUUGUGGCUUUUCUGUUAUAACCUGGAGACAGAGAGAGCAUGGCUUCAGGGCCCCCGGUGCCCUGAGGGGGCAGAGCCUGCACCCUCACCUGGGAAAGGUAUCCUGGAGAAACUGGACUCCAUGCACCUGCCUGAAGAUGAGCUACAAUGCUUCCGAAAAUGCAGCAGCCACAGCGCCAGAAUCACUAUGAGCAAGAUCGGAGUGCACUUAAGCGGAAAGAAUGGGAGAGAAGAAACCAAGAAGUCCAGCAAGAUGAAGAUCUCUUUGCUUCAGGUUUUAACCUCUUUGGUGAACCCUACAAGACAAAUAAAGGUGAUGCUCUUGCAAACCGUGUCCAGAACACGCUGGGAAACUAUGAUGAGAUGAAGGACUUGCUAACUAACCAUUCCAAUCAGAGCCACCUUGUAGGAAUCCCAAAGAAUUCUGUCCCGCAGACGCCCAUCGACAAAAAUGAACAGACCUUUUUCCCGGAACAAAGAAACAGGAUGAUCCCAUCUCAUCAGAUCAGUGGCCACUCAUCGACAUCAAUGCCUCCUCCUUCUUCAUUAUCAUCCAAUUCUACUUUGCUACACGGUCACCAGAGCAGCAGGAAGUCGAGGACAGACUGGUCGCGUGGUGGGCACAACUCCAGUGGGGCCCAGCCAAGCCAAUCCAGUAGUCAGCAGAGUAGGACAAAGCAUAGCUCUUCUCAUGACCAGCCUCAGGGCAGGUACGAAGACCUCUACAAUUGUCAGAGUGAGCAGCAUAAAAGUGGAGGAACUGAGGAAGCAAAUUCUCUGGCAGCAUCUUCACAUUCAAGGCGGCAUAAUCAUUCAAAGUCAGCAGCUGGAGAACAUACUUACAAAGAAAACAGUCAUUCAAAGUCACCCACAGAGCUUGAGUUUGUAAGUCAUGGUCCUGGAUCUCCACUUCCUUCCACAUCUUUGUUAUCUGCAAACAAUGGUCUUUCGACCCAGAAUUUCCCACCAGGACUUCACUGUAAAAACAGCAUGGUCCAGCAAAAGCCUACGGCGUAUGUUAGGCCUAUGGAUGGUCAGGACCAGGUACCCAAUGACUCGCCUGAACUGAAACCUCCGAUAGAAAUUGAGAGUGGAUAUGGAAAUCAGUCCUUUGGAACGCUGUUGGAAGGAAAAGUGAACACCCCUAGUUCGAAGAACAAAGUACCAAAGCUUAACAUUCCUCCUGUUGGUGAAGUUACACUUCCCAAUGACUCCAGCUGUGUGGAAGAAAUAUUGCGGGAGAUGACCCAUUCCUGGCCUCCUCCUCUUACUGCUAUUCACACUCCUGGCAAGGCUGAGCAGACCAAGUUUUCUAUCCCAAGCAAGGUACAAGACUCCCAACAUCUGACCUCAGGAUACAAUGUACAAAAGUGGAGCGAUCCAGCAGGGAAAGUUGCAACUAAGUCAGUGCCACAAAAGUCAAUGCUUGAGGAUGAUCUGAAACUCAGCAGUGAUGAAGAUGACAAUGAACAGGCUGCUGAAAAGACAAAAUUGAGAAACAUUCCUGUAAACGGCCUGCCGGUGCCAGCAGCACAUGCGGCUGGCUUGGCCCAUUCCAGCGGUGGCUCUGGGAGCUCCAGCGAGUCCGAGAGCAGCUCUGAGUCUGACUCCGACAGUGAAAGCAGCUCCAGUGACAGCGAGUGCAAUGAGGAGUCACGCAGUGCCACACCGGAGCCUGAACCCCCUUCAACAAACAAAUGGCAGCUGGAUAAAUGGCUAAAUAAAGUGAACCCCCACAACAAGACCAUCAUCAACAAUCAAAAUGAGCCUCACAGCGAAACCAGCUCCCAGCCACAGAGCAGCCAGCAGGCCGAAGGGCAGAACAAAGGGAAGCUCAACAACAGCCUGCCCCCGACCGAUCCCAAAGACCGGGCGAUCCUCAGUCCCAUCCGAGAGAAAGCCAAACCGCGGGUUGCCCAGAAAACCCCAGAGGCAAAAAGCUCCAAGCAGAAGUCGCCAGCUCAUAAUGAGCCAACUUCACAAAGGACUACUGGGAAAAAGCAACCCAAAAAGGUAGAAAGGACUUCCAGUGUAGAAGAGUAUAACUGGCCCAAACCAAAUAAUACCAGCAACACUCCCAAAGAAAAAGACCCGCAGGAACCCCCCGAGCAGCCAAAGGUUCGAACUAAAGCAGCAGUUGGGAAGACUGCUCCAAGGAAGGAACCACGAACGAGCACAGGUCUCACUUCAGAGAAGAAAAAGUACAGAGGCCCCAGCAAAAUUGUCCCCAAGUCCCGGGAAUUUAUCGAAACUGAUUCGUCUACUUCUGACUCAAAUACAGACCAGGAGGAGAGCUUGCAGGCUAAGAUAUUGCCAGCUUGCAGUGGGCCAGCGAAUGGCAUCAAAGUGAAGGACUCUGGCAGUAACAUCCUCAGUGUAAGUAGCUUAACUAGCAAUGGCAGCAACACAUCCAUCGACCAGACCAGCAACGACUUGGAGGAGCAGCUCUUUUCUCCUAUCCCAAUCGUACAAAAUGAACUUCUGUCCCCACUGAGAGAAUACGAAGAACUCAAAUCUCUUUGGGUGAAAAUAGAUCUUAGUUUACUCUCUAGGAUACCUGGGCAAGAGCCUUUUGAGACUACAUCUGUGAAAACUGAACCAAGAGAGGCAAAUGUGAAACACAGACGACCAUCUCGAGAGUCCCCUACCCCAGCAGCUGAAAAACCAUCCACAAAAUCCAAAAGGAAACACAAGCAGUCGGAAAACCUGGAUACCUUUGUUGAAACCAAGAAGCAGCGCCUGGAGGACCCUUCAGCUUCAUGCUUGCUCCCACCUUGUAUCUCUCCAAUACCGAAUCACAGAUUAACCAGCACUAAAGAGAACAGCAGUAGCUCAGUGAAGAAGGUGGCAAAGAAAAGAGAAGAGAAGCUGUUCCCUCCUCCGUUAUCCCCCCUCUUGGAUGAGCCCGUGCACCGGCGGCACAGCAGCGACAACAGCUCCUUCAGCCAAGAGACCAACAUCACAAACACCUCUCAGGCCAGCAGCUCUUCCUCUUCUGUUUCUAAACACAGAAAGAAUGAAAAUAAAUCCUCUUCUAACCCCAAAGGAGUCUGUGAGGAAGAAUCCCACAAUGCACCAACAGCCAAUGCUCUUCUUGAUACCAGCCAUCUAGAAACAGACAUCUGGUCUGCAAUGCCAACUCUUUCUAAUGGGAAUUCUGAGCCCAGAAGACCUAAAAUUACAUUUGAUGAUGUGCUCCACAACGCAGAUUAUUACAUGCAAGAGGCUAAGAAGCUAAAGCAUAAAGCAGACGCAUUGCUGGAGAAGUUUGGCAAAGCAGUGAAUUAUGCUGAUGCUGCCCUCUCCUUCAUCGAGUGCGGGAACGCUAUGGAGCGAGAUCCAUUAGAAGCUAAAUCUCCAUACACCAUGUACUCGGAGACUGUGGAACUCAUCAGGUAUGCAAUGAGACUCAAGAAUUUCACAGGCUCUUCUGCUACAGAAGGGGACAAGAAACUAGCAGUUUUAUGCUACCGAUGCUUAUCACUUCUCUACUUGAGAAUGUUUAAACUAAAGAAGGACCAUGCUAUGAAGUACUCCAGAUCUCUGAUGGAAUAUUUUAAGAACUCUUCAAAAGCCUCACAGGCCCCCUCACCUUGGGGCGGCAAUGGAAAGAGCACAGAAACGCCGUCGCCCAUGUCCCUGAGCCCAUCCCCCGUCAGCUCUGCUGGAAGCAGCAUGGGCACCGCCGGCUCCUCGUCGGCAGGGACCAUCACCAUCCCUCAGCGCAUCCACCACAUGGCUGCCAGCCAUGUCAACAUCACCAACAACGUCCUGCGGAGCUACGAGCACUGGGACAUGGCUGACAAGCUGACGAAGGAGAAUAAAGAAUUCUUUGUAGACCUGGACUCAGUGAUGGGACCCUUAACACAACACAGCAGUAUGACCAAUCUGGUUCGUUACGUUCGCCAAGGACUCCACUGGCUCCGCAUUGAGGCUCAUUUGUUGUAGUGACUGCUGCCCUGCUCAUAACAUCCCCAUUCUUCUACCUCUACCAGCGCACAGACGAUCACUGGUGGAACUCCACUCAUUUCUGGAAGUUUAUUCAUGUAACUUCAUUUUUAUUGCCUUUUUUAAUAUCCUAUCUAUUGGAAGUAGAAGUCACCAUAAAUGGAACUUAUGACUCAAGAGCAGUAUGUGUUGUACCACCUAAUCAUUUUCGACAAUUUUCUAUGCCUUGUGUCUCCUGGAUCCUGCCAUCCUUAUGUGCUUUAUGGAACGGUACAUUCCCUGCAGUAUUGUUUUAAGUCCAUGCUGCCUUCAAGUGAAAACAAAAAAGCACUUUGAGAAGAUAUGGAUUCCUGAGAAAUAGUACAAACAGUCUUAAAUAUUUGAGGGUAUAUAUGAUAAGCCCCUUCUGAAAUAAAUUAGUAGAAGUUAUAGCUAUUCACUCACAAUCAUCUUCUGAACCUGAACCAAGCUUUUCGCCACUUAAUUCUGGCAUCAUUACCUUACACAGUAUGUUGCUAAGAUUUCAUACUUCCUGUAGGCUUAAUCUCUAAAAGAGAACAUUGAAUAUCUUACAGGUACCUAAUGUAAGAUCACCAAAGGUGUUAAGAGGUAAAAGGUUGAAGGAAUGCCUCAUUAAAGAAAGAUGACACACUAUGCAAUGAGGUUUUGAUAUUCCAUUCUACCUGUUUAUUGUUGGCUUAAUAAUUUCAGUAGGCAGCACAAUUUAUUGCAGUUUUUAGGCAAUUUCAGAAUAUUAGCUUUCAUAGUCUCAUCUACCAUUUCUUUACUAAAUCUGUGAUUUUUCUUUCAGUUUUGCUGUUUAGUCUCAAACAAAUACUCAUCCAAGAUUUUUCUUCAUGGAACAAUCUCUUCUUGCAUAGUGACUCAGUGAAAGCAGAUUUUAACAGGAAUGCUACACUCUAAGCAUUGAUAUUGUAUGUAAAAAUCCAUUAAUAAGUGUAUGCAGAUUCUUUAUGAAACUCUCUAGAAGUUUAACUAACCAGCUACUGUUGAAACAUUAUAAUUCCGUGUGGCAUCAAUUUACACCUGUUUUGUUCAUUUCGGAGCAUUAGAAACAAAUAGUAUUACCUUGCUAUCAUGAAAACAAUGACAAAUUAAAUAAAAUCAACAGAUUUACCCAAAAGCAAUAUAACAUUUGUUUAAUAAUGGCCAUGAAUACUUCAGUCAAAUUACCUAUUUUCUAAGCUCUGCAUCUAUUUACCCAUGCUGUCAUGUUUUGGACCAUUCUUCUAAUGUGUGAAUAAUAAUGAGACAAUUCAGAUAGAAUUUCCAAGCAAUUGUGAAUAAAUUACACCAUUUCACAUUUGCUCUUUCCUCUUCUUUUUUUUUUUCCCUUGUUAUAAACUGCACUGCUCUUCUGGUGCCACUGCAAGAAGCGCUGGUGCAUGAAACAAAACAAAAUGAAUUUAUAUCAAUAAUUCACAAGACUUUAAAUGGUCUCAUCUCAUUCUUGAUGUAAUGCCUGCAUACCUUACUGAACUGUAAAUUCCACUUCUAUAAACAGAAAAUGCUCAUAGCAAUGUAAAUAUUAUUCUGUCUCAUCUCAUUGAAAUAAUACAAUGUGUGUAUUAAAUGCCAUCCAGAUAUUAGUUAAUUGCAAUUACCUUCUGCUAUAUAAUCCUGUAUAUCCUUUAAUCUGGUGAGUUAUUGGAUUCUACUCACUGGGUUGUGACCAGAUAAAUAGGACAAAUUUGCAUUUAAAAGGUUCAGACUGUUAUGAUUUUUAGAGCAGGCCUUGGAUAUUUGCAAUAAGAGCAGUUGAAGGACUCUGCCCAGUGCACAUUUAAGACCAACGUUACUGUAGCUGUUGUGUAUUAUUUCCCUAAGUUACCUUUCCUUAAAAAUCAGUAAUUGCUGAUUUUUUGUUCCAGAAGACUGCAUUGUAACUCUAGUCAAGGUGUGUCAUUGGAGGAAUCAUACAGUUUAGGGUUGUCUGCAAAAGCCAUUUGCAGAACACGCACAUCCUGCAUUAUCUGCACAUUCCUGUUCCUGAAGUGGGUGAUACGCCCUUAUCUCCUCUUGGAGGGUUUCGGUGACAUGGCUGAAACAUGAAUCCGACAGCAUUUGUCACGCUUAUUCUGGUCCCGGUAGCUAAUGAAUAAAACCACAAGAGGAAAACAAUUAAGAACUGUAGAAGGGCGUUUUGUUUUGCUUUUUAAAAACAAAAUGUUUUAAAACCAAAACAAACACUUCCAGUAUUAUUUUUGACCAGGGUGAGUACUGGAGAUGAAGCAGUGCCAGGGUGGUUUUGUCACAAGCCAGAGUUUUCCAUUCCCUUUGCAAGAUCUUGCUGAUGAGAUUCGGUAACUAUUCAGUCCAAUUAAGUGUGCUGUCAUCACUGUUUCCUUUAAUGCAGACUGAAACCCUAGACUGCCAUGAAUUUAUGAAAAAUAGAUAUGGCUUGAAAUGCGAUCUUUAGUCACAAGACUGUUCAAAGAACGAGUUUCAGUCACUCAGGGAAGACAGCAUGUUAUCUUCCGCCUGUUGCUUGCAGUAAACAGACUCCUAUCUCUAAAUUUACCUCGUAUCCACAAUCUCUUGCUUAAACAGCUUAAGGAAUUAGCCCACCUGAUUUUGCAUCCUGUGACUUAGUUUGGAAUGUAUGCUGAGUCAAUGGCACAAUUACAGUAAGUCCAGCAGUCAGGCCUAGAUCCCAAGCCAACUUACUGUUUAGCAAUCUUGUUUCAAAAGCAGCUUAGAAACAAAUUAAAUAUGGAGAGUGAAUUACCUUCUUAUCCCUGGGGAUGAUGCUUCUUUUGGGUUAGUUAUUAAGGAUUAUUGCACUUUUACAGGCACUGCAUUCAUCUCAUUUCAAAUGCUAACAUGUCAUCUUUGUGGAAUCAUUUUACCCUUUAAAAUAUUAUUUCCAGCAGAGUUAAUCAAACGAGAUUGUUUGUUUCGAUCCACAGGGAAGCAGCAUGUGUUUGCUUGGGCAUUUGCUGUCUGCUCUUAACACUGCCCACUUCAGGCAUUCAAAGUCAUGAACCGAGCACCAAAAAUUACAAGAUUGGCUCCAAAUCAUGGCUUUUAAAAAUUAUUAUAUAAUUUUAUUUUUGGUUCCUUCAUUGCCUUACAGAUAAUGAGCUUUGAAGCUGAUUUCAAGACAUGUUUUCAGGCAUUUUUCAAGCAUGCUCUUGGCCAGAAAUGACAUACUUGGUUUUAAUAGUGAGAGGCUGAGACCCUGAUGUAAUCUCUCGAUUUCUGCAGCUGGGCUUUAAGAUGGACACCAAGCUUCAUAAAACAUUGCCAGAGCUGACAAGGCUGUCAUUUGUGUCCCAUGCUUCAGGAGGUUUGGAGCAAUAUCCAUAGCUCAGCAGUGAAGGGAGCAUGCAAGCAAAGGGCUACACGCAAACAUUUGGGAGCUCUAUCAGUACAAGAUGUGAGGGCAGCAAAGUCCUAAGUGCUGGAGUGAGGCAUUUACAUAGCACUUAACCUCCAUGUCAAGAGCUGCAGCAGGUCUUAAGUGAAGUAUUUGACAACGUGCAGGCAGCAUGUCCUGCUUUGACUGCAGUAACUAUGUCUAGCCAUGAGAUGUGCGUUGAGAAAACUUUGUCCAUGAGAGCAUGGCUCAAAGGGAAAGCCUGAGAUGUUGCAUCCCAUAUGGGCUGUGUUCCCCUUGACCAUGUCCUGCUGAUCACUGGUUGCAGCUGUGUUCCAUUGGCUCCUUUGCAAGGACAAAGCACACUUCCCAUUCUAGCAAACUAACAAUCUAAACAGUUCACACUGAGUUUGGAUAGCUAGGUUUGGCCUAAUAAUUGUGCUAUUUUAUUUUAUUUUAUUUUAUUUUAUUUUAUAUUUUAUUGCCAUUCUGGUUUAGCUUGCAGCCUUUUUGUUGAUAUUGUUGGUGGUAACCUUCCCAGCUUGCUUUUUAUAGCUUCACUUCAAUUUUUCUUAUAUGGUCUUUGGACUUUUAAUUAUUUAAAUAGCUUCCAUUAAUAUACUGUGUCAUGAUGACCUCCUUUGAAAGAUAGGGGCAGGUCUGUUGAUUUCAGUGGUGUGCAUUUUUUUUGAAGAAUAAAGGUUAAGAUCUUUGUUCCUCCGAAAGAAACAAAAUCAGAGAAAAUUUAAUCUUGACCUUAUUUUCUAUGCAUUUUGAAUUCCACAGAUUUUAUGAUGUUCUUCCAUUAUAAUAGUUUAGAUCCUCUGGUAAGUUUUUAGGUACUUUGGAAGAAAUAUUUUCAUUGUAUUUUUAUCAGUAUUUAAUGCUGCUUAAAUCCAAUGAUCAGUUUCGGGAUUGCAGUUUAAAAUACUGAAAGAAAUGGGGCCAGUAAAUGAUUCUGAUUUAGAUAUUACUAGGCUUCUUUGCUUUCAGUUCAGGAGAAGCUCCACUACACACAAUAUUGAGGCACACUCACAUGUGCAUGCCCACAUAUGUGUGGAUUUGGAUGUGGAUUUGCGACAAAAGUAUGUGUUCAUUACUUCAUAGCAUAGGAGAAAUGAUGCGGUAGCCUUAAAGAGGAAAUGCUCUUACCAGUGCUGAGUGGUGGUAGGAUUAUUAAUGUGUUCCUCUGCGGUUUGUGUGUAGUCCUAUUUGCAUCUUUUGUCUCCUUGCAAGCAAUGAAGGCGUGACAGAAAGCAGCAACAGCUCCCUGAAGUCAGCGUCACUUCUGACUGUGCUGUCAGCGUAUCGUUUUUCACAAGGUUAACUCAUCUGCAAUAGACCAGCGAGUUGAAAUUUUAAGAAAGGAAAAAUAUUUCACAGGUCACCAAAGAAAAUUAAUUUGUCAUUUUGAGCCAAGUGUGGAAAUGCUCUACACGUGGGCAGGCCCAAGGACCAAAGUGUCGGUGCAAAGGGUCUUUGCCUCCCGCGGCACCUCCCUGACCUCGGCAGAGAGCAGUGGGUGUGAGGCAGAGGGGAAGUGAGUGAGAAACCAGUCCCCUGUCCUGAUGACAUCUUCCAGCUUUACAUACUGUCUUAUAGGUGCAACACAAGGCUUGUUAAUGUUGGGAGGGCUCAAUUUGUCUAUUUCUAAUACUUCUGUACUUCCGUGAUAUAGCCAAACCAUGGGGCACGGCAAUGCAUACAGGCAUUCUGUAUUGUCUAAUGACAUAGACAAUAUAGAGAGAGAUAAAUAUAUAUAUAUACACAUAUAUAUAUUUCACUAGAUACAGUGACAUUUUAGAGAUAUCACCUGAUAUUUUGUAGCCUAUAUGUGUAGGCUAAAAGCUCAGUUAGGCUCUUCUUCGCUAUUGAAACUCCCUUGCUCCUGAACACGAAGUGUUUCUGCCUGCCUUACAGAGUAGCCACCAUCUCUACAGUGUUGUGUGCCGACCUGCCUCUUGGUAGCUUUACUUUAGCUAUUCUGUUUCCAAGACAUUUUGUCUAUUUCUGUUGUCUUUCACGAUCAGUGAUUCUGAUCAUCUUACACCAGCUUGAACCCGUGGUGGUAGCUGUUGAAGUCAGAAGACACCGAGUCCAGAUCUCACGUACAGCGGGCGGGAUCCUGUGGCUAUCCAGAUAGAAGCAAGAGCAAAUGCAGAUGCAGAUGAGUUGCUGCAUAAUGCUGGUGUCAGAUGAGAACCAAACUUGGCUGUGUCAGUAGGUGCUUCAACAGAAACACUAUAAAGAUAAGGUGUGCUCAGAAUCACAGGGUAGGUAUCAACAUCUCAGGCAGCUCCUUGACACUGUAAUCAUGUUAGGUAAUAGUGAAGGUGUGAAGAGUGGUUUAAAGAAACUGGGGCAACUUGGUGUGGGCUGGCACUAUGAAUUUAACCUGUGUGUGCUCAGGUGGAAAGGGGAUUCAUUACUGUUGAUGUGUGCUGUGUAAUAACACUUAUGCCACAGUAUCAUACAGAGUCUGAAUAUGGCACUGUCCCAUCCAAUUCCUUACUCUGCCUCCGGGUGCCACCACAUGUCACAAAGAGCUAAUGUUUGUCACUGCCCUGAAGUCACCAGAGAGUUAAACCGUUUUUCCCAUACAACUUCACCAAGGACCAAGCCCGUGGACCCCGCAGUCAGCUCAAGCAGUGAUGUGCACACAGUGUUUGGAGAGAGGCUGGAGAAGAGACCUUGCCUACCACAGGCUGCGGGGCAGUGCAGAGCUCCCCUCAGGCUGCUCGGGGUGUUGGACGACAGGUCUGCACAGUGGGAUCCCCACCAGCCCUGCCCACAGCACUGGGGUGCAGAAGGCACGGCAGGGGACCACCGCUGUGCCCAGGAGGAUCAAGAGACCCCAGCCCUGCCGCCUGGGUGCCACAGAGCUGUGGCACUGCCUUGGUUUUAGGUUUGGUCUUCCGUGGCUGCAGACAGGACUUGGAUCUGAGUGCUCACUUUCACCUGCUCUGCGUGCAGAAACGUCAAGCAAGUCGACAGAAGCGAUGCAUGCAGCAGCAGCAGAAAACGAAGGCACUGUGUGCUGAAUGGCAAUUGCAGUUGUAGUGUCCGCAGGACCACUUGUGCUUACAGGACUCUGAGUCCUGCUGAUGCCAGUGGUAUAAGCCAUGUGAGCAGAUGAUGCAGCUGUUUGAGACUUGUUUUCUUCUUUGAUUUUCACCGAGUUCCCCUCUAUGCAAGCUCUGUAAGCUCUGUGCUGGAUAUGAGUUUACUCACAGCUGUGUGAGUAUCACCCUGUUGUAAUUCCAUUGAAAUCCACCAAGUAGAAAUAGCCCUAAUUUCUACUCAGUUAUUGCCUUCUCUGGGUUAGAAGUCGGAUUCCAAAGGGAAAGUCAUUGUUUUAAAGGAUAAUGGUAACUAAAAGGAACCAAACUGGGAGCUAAGGAAAUGUAAAAGAACUUGGCUGUUUGUGGGAUUCAUUGGACCAAAUUCUGCUGUUGUCUUAUUGAGCUUGCCGAGCCCUGUUAAUCAAAGGAGAAGCUGGCUAAUAAAAGUGGCAUAGCGUUAUCAGCGUUAAGCUUAUUGGGCCAGAACAUCAAUUGCAUUAACCCAGUUAGUUCAAUGGAAUUACACCCAUUUCUGUUCUGGCUGAGCUCUCACCCCACUGAAAUUUAAGUUCUCCAGACUAGUGCUGGAAUAACUGCCAGCGGAGUUGCUCUUCGCCCAGACCAUAUGUUGGCUCAGCCCUUGCUCAGGGAAACCACCACUGACUUCAGUGACAAGUAAUGUGGAGUUACGAACCCAAAGAAGCUUUGACCCACUGGCAGGAGGCAUUUACCCUUGAAUUUACUCUAUAGUGGAGAACAACAGACAUACUUUAUUUAUGGCAGAGGCAGAGUACAAGUUCCUCAACUGGUGUAAACUGGUGUAGGAGUACUGGCUUCGGUGGAGUUAAUCCAAUAUGAGGAAUCCACACGCUGAGGAGCAAACCCUUUAACCCCAGACUAAUUUUUGCCAAUAUGUCUCUAUGCAGAUAAACUCCCAAAGCUUUUAUCAUCAUGCCUUUUUUUACUGAUCAUGCCAAUGAAAUGAUUAAUGUACCAUAAUCCUUGCCUGCAAGGAAAUACUGUACUUUGCAAAGCUAUGCAGUAUGGAGCACAUCAUAAAACUGCUUUAGACCACACAGUCUGGAAAAGCAUUGUCAGAAACGAGACUAACUGGUAGCUUUUUAUCUGAUGUCGAUUACACUUUCACUCUGCACUUCCACUGCUGAGGUUUUUACAUAUGGAGUGAAUGAUAGUUGGAUGUUUCUGAUGAUUGUGGGCCAAAGCUUCAGCUGAUGUGCUUCUAAGUAGCUCCAUAGAUGUCAGUGCUGAUUUACACCAGCUGAAAAACUAGUCCUCUUCCUUUUCAUACUGUUAUAUGCUCUAAUGCAGCUUUAUAAAUACAUACUGAAGCCGAGUGUAUAUUGAACUGUUCUGAUUGAGCACCAGAUAAUCCUUGCUAAAAGAAUUGGAGGGUAAUUUCUGCCUGCCAUCUAGGUUUGCCUAUGUUUUGUUUUUAACUAAAAGGCAUGUUGCAAUUUCAUUACCUCUGAGUUUAAAUAUUUACUGGCAUCAGCAUUAGCUUGCAUAGAAAAAUAGCAAAUAAAUUCAAAUGUGUCAUAAAUGCUCUCAGUCUAGAGAUGGAAUCUGUUACUUUAGUUCAACGACAUUGCAGCAGGUUAAAGUGUCUUCUCUAAGCCAAAUGGGUUUUGUACAUUUAAAAGUCUUGGCAAAUAUUUAUCCACGUCCAAUUCUACCAUUCUUCCCUUGAGCAUCUUAAUCAACAGGUUGCUCCACUGAAAUCCACAGGAGUAACUGUGUAAAUUAGUGCUCAGCCCCCAGAUUGCAGAAUCAGGCACUGAAUACGUCAGGUGGAUGCAAUCAGGAGUUUAAUUUUAGCCAUACAUAUCAUCUGAGGACACUUAAAAUUAUGUACAUUUUAUCCAAGCUGACAGUCCGUGUAAUUCCAUAACAUAUAUUAUUAUUUAUUCCUGUCUGUAUAUUUGACAUCUCUGGAUUGCAUAUCUUCUACUGAAUCUAAAAUGCUGUUUCUUUAAAACCCACAUUCAAAGGCCUAAGGCAAAUCAUCACAAAGUGUGAAAACGAGUCAAAAGAGCUGGUUAUUUUUUUGCUUUGGCUUUGAGCUCUCCUUCGGUUUGUGUUUGAUCUUUGGCUGUAGCACUCCCGGUAUUUUUUAAAUGGCCCAAUUCUAUUUGUUUCCUGUCUUCUGAAAAAAAGAAAAAGAAAGAAGAAAAAAAAAAAGGCAAAAUGAAAAAAAAAAAAAAAAAAAAAAAGGCAAACUACGAGUAAGAUUCAGGAAAAGUAACCCUGGCUAACUCAGUGGAUGUUUGCUCUUUCUAGUUGUUGUUUUUUUAACCAAGCCAUCUUAGGAGCAGUGUAGUAAGCGCGUCCAUUUGCCUACCAUUAUUGGUUUUUGUGGCAAAUGCUAUUUUUUCCUUUAUUUUAUUUUUUCUUUUGUGUGUGUAUGUGCGCAUGUAUAACUAACCAAAAUAUCAGGAAAAUUUAUAUAUGCUUUCAUCUGGUUCCUGGAAACAGAGCAACAUGAUGACCUUACGGUCUUCCAGCAAAAGUCAGAUUUAAUUUCUGCAUUGCAGUGCAACUUAAUUAGCUAUUGGAAUUAGAUUACAGUUUACUAGAUGGCCCUUUACCUUACAUUCUUACUUUUUAUUUACUAUUGAAGUAGCCUUCUUUUUUUUCUCAUGUGUGCAAAUAUCGUAUCAAUAAUCAUCGCGAUUCCACAAGGUGUCUUUGUUCUGAACAAGCAUGUUAUUCUUGUAAAGUUUUAAGCAUAAGUUAAGAUGUUUUGUACAGACCAAGGUAACUGUUAAAAUGUCAAGCAAUUACUGAAAUGUUGUAUAGUUACAAAAGUUUGAUUUCUUUUGCUUUAUAUGUAUAAAAUUGUAUCUUGCCUGUUUUGCUUUGUAUUUCCAACGUGUUGCACAAUUAUGCAUUUUGUUUACAUUUGUUCCUUCUUCAGAAAAAAAAAAAAAAAAGGAAAUAACAGUAAUACUUUAUGUACAAACAUUUUAAAUGUACUUUUGUUGUUUUUAAACACAAUGUCUCUGUACAAAUAAUAUUGGUUGAACUGGUACAUUUGUGUCUCUCAUAGAGGGAUUAAUUAUACUGCCAGUGCAUUGAAUUAUUUAAAAAAAAAAAAAAAGUAAAAUAAAAUUUUUAUGAAAA